AGCACAUCAGGGCUGUGUGUCAAAGGAGUGUGUUUUCACAGGCAGAAAUUCAACCUCAAACACACCUAGGCUCCAAUGAAAGGCAGGGUUGUUUAAAGGCUCCCUCUCUCUGAAGGAGAAGGAGGGAGAGAAGGAGAAUUAUGUGGCUCUCUUUUCCCCAACACCAAAGGAGCCAAGAGACUCUUCUGGACUGGGGAGGAGGCAAUUGCUCUUAUGCAAAAAGUGAAAUGCAAAAAAGCACCAGGCCUCGUGGCCCUGCCCUGCCCUGCGGCAGCCAAACCUGUUCCGGCAUACCUGGCCAGGUGUGGCUGAGGAGGUGCCGGCGGUGGAGAAGCAGCUCUGGAGCCAAAGCAGGACCCACUUCAGUGCCUCUCUGCCUGCCUUGAGUUGCCUUUGGAGGAGAUCUCACACAGUACAUGCCAAGAUGAAGUCUACUAUCACAGAGAUCCUGCUUCUCCUGUUAGCUGCUUUUCCUCUUCUGGAAGCAAACGAUCCUACAGAUAAAAACAGUCCAUUCUACUAUGACUGGAAGACGCUUCGGCUUGGCGGUAUGAUUUUUGCUGGCAUCCUCUGUUUUCUGGGGAUUGCUGUCCUACUGAGUGGAAAGUGCAAAUGCAAACCCAAGAGGAGAAGCAGUGUCCAGAUCAAUGUGGCACCAAGGGCUCCUAAUGCAGGAGACGCCAGUGAGUGCUGAGUCAAGUUCACGGUUACUUUUGCUAACAUACCUGCCCCAUUCCUUGGCCACGGAAUGUUUCUUCUCUCUUCUGGUGGCAACAGACAUUCUUUCCCUGUUAUUACGGGCCUUCCCAUCAAGAUUCUGGGCUUUUUGAAAUGUAAUAAAGUGUUGCUGUCUUAAUGUCUUAAUCUAAAAUGUCUUAAAUGAAUUAACCUUGGCAUUUGCUGGGAGGGUUUUUGAUCCAAAAUCUUUCCUCUGCCUGGGACCCAACAAGUAGACAUUUCUCUUGGAGUGACACACACAUCUAAAUAUUAUAUCUAGAACAUAACUCCACUGCCAAUAGGAUCUGGUUUUAAUUGUCUGGGAAGGAACAUAAGGCAGGGAUCUUGUAAUGGAGAAAUCUAUAUAUUGUGCAUUCUGCAACUCCCAAAAUACUUUAGGAAAAGUCAUAACAGUCUCACUAUUGUUUUUUGUUAUUGUUUCAAACAGACAUAGAUGCAUAAGUGGGCCAUUUAAUUUACGUGGGAUGUAAUGCUUGUGGUUAAAUAUCCAAUUAUUUUCUUAGAAUGUUUUUUCCAUGUCAGGAGCGACCUGAGAAACUGCAAGUCACUUCUGGUGUGUGAGAAUUGGCUGUCUGCAAGGAUGUUGCCCAGGGGAUACCCAGAUGUUUUACCAUCCUGUGGGAAGCUUCUCUCAUGUGCCCGCAUGGGAAGCUGGAGCUGACAGAGUGGAGCUCACUCCGCUCCUCAGAUUCAAGCAAUACUGCUGGCACAAGGGUUUAACCAUAUUACUUACUACUUUUGAACAUGGGUGGAAAAAUUUCAGAAGUUGGAAUCCAAAAGAUAACAACCUGAAGCUCUUUUAUGAAGCUGCUAAACCAUCUUCAGAUCAUAGUUAUAAAUAAAUCAAGUUUUAGAUAAAGAGUCUAGAUCAGGCAUGGGCAAACUUCAGCUCUCCAGGUGUUUUGGACUUCAACUCCCACAAUUCCUAAUAGCCUACCGGCCCUGGAGGACCAAAGUUUGCCCAUGCCUGGUCUAAAAGCAGAAAUUAUUCAAGAACUCUGUACUUUUCAGCUUCUCAGAUUGCAAUUCACAGCCCAGCAUUGUAAAUCCUUUGACCGAAGUGGACAAAGAAGGCAAAUCUACCCUACAAAACACGAGGGAAGAAAACAUUUGCAUUAUUUAAGAUUUCUGGCAGCCUUCUCAAUCUGGUGUCCUCUAGAUUUUAGAUCACAACACCCAUCAUUUUAUACCAUUGUCAAUCCUAUCUGGGACUGACUGGGAGAGAAAUUGGGUCCAGCACCAAGUGGUAUAUACCAGAGUGGGGAUGCAUAAUACUAUGUAAUAAGUUUUUUUUUAAGUCAAAGCCCUAUGCAUUUCGAAUAGAUUACCUAGACCAGGCAUGGGUAAACUUUGGCCCUCCAUGUGUUUUGGACAUCAAUUCUCGCAAUUCCUGACAGCCUACUGGCUGUUUGGAAUUGUGGGAGUUGAAGUCCAAAACAUCUGGAGGGCCGCAGUUUGCCUAUGCCUGACUUAGUAUCUCCAUUUGGACACCAAAUUGAUGUGUGCAUCCCGACCGAUUACUUUCAAUUUGGAAGAUCUUGAACCAUUUUAUGCAACUGCAUUUCUGCUUAUAACUGGCGUGUUAUAAAGCUCUGCUUGUUGUAAUAUCGUGUGCUUUUAUUGCUUAUUUUUGUGUGAACCACUCUGUUAGGACACUGUCCUAAAAGGCAGGGAAUAGAUAUCCAAAAUAAAACUGAUGAAACGUUUUGUACUGAA